AUCCUCACCGCACUUCCUUUAACCUUCCUAUAACGCUCCCCAGGCAGAGAGGGUAGAUUCCAGGUAGAUCCCACGAAGACGCCAGCAAAUCUGUCUGUGAUCGUACCCUGUCAUUACAUGAUACCAUCUUCACACACAGGGAUAUUCAUGAUGGACUCGGAGGAGCAUGAUAGUGACGAGGGAGAAUAUCAAUGCCUUGAAGAGCAGGACAUGAUCCAGUGCAGAGUACCCUACUCUCAUGCAAAGAACACCAAGGAGUUGGAUUUCUGUAAUAAGGAAGACCUUAAUAAGAAGAGAUGUCCGGCAGGUCGUUCAGGGAACAACCCUGGGAGACAGAAGCGGGUUGUGUCAUGUAAGAGGAAGACGCACCAUCUCACUAUCAGUCGGAGGAAGCAGCCUGCCACAGUGAGGACUUAUGAUGUGGCCAACAAGGAGAACGAAAUGGCCUGUGUGCAGGACAUGGAAGAGAUGUUCUACAUGGACCCAUGGGAGUUUCCACUCACUGCCCCCCAUCAUAACAAGACUGAUGAGGCUGGUUCAAAAGACAGUGACUACUUCACAGAGUUGUCAAAGGACCACAACACAAUGACAGAUGUGCUCUUUGGAAGAAAUCUGAGACUGAGUGUUGCUUUGACCCUUUGGCAAAGAAAUGUUGGAGAACUGCUUACAUAUUUUUUAAGAAUCCAAGACACUGGUGUGUUUGUUGAUUUUCUUCCAGUGAUAACAAAAAGCCUUGAUGGUGAGUCAGCGUCACCCAGCGUUUCCAUUGGCUGUUGUGUUGACCUUUUCCCCCUUGUUGAAAAGGUCCUCACUAGUCAAUAUGAAGAGCACCUGGUAGUUGGUUUAGGAUGGGUACAAUCAGUAUUAAGACAUUGGUGGCCAGAGCUCUCAGCAAGUGGAAGAACUGACACUCAAUCUAUUGAUGGAAAUGUUCGAGUGUUCAAACAGCAGCUAAAGGAGUUUUGGAACCAGGAGCCUAAUUUGAGUUCAGUUCCAGGAAGUGCAGGUGAAAUAGCAAAGUUUAUAGACUAUUACCUGUUACAAUUGCCCUGAUCGCAAUGGUGGCCCAUGCCAAGCUCCAGUCCAGUCCUGAUGACUUGUUGUUGUAAAGUUGGAAAACUCAUUAGAAAUUUGCUGCACCACGGGAAAACUCAUAAGAACACAAUGGACUUGUGACACGAUGAUCUGCACUACUUGACGUUUGAUGUGGGGAAAAGCAUUACCAGAUUCAUUUGAGGGCUGCUAAACAGUGCCCAAAGAGUGCCCCGCUGAAGAGUGCCAGAGAGCCACUCCAGACAAUGAUUGUGCCUUGUUCUUUUUGAAGCAUUUUAAUUACAAUUUCAGAUGACCAACACUUGUCCACAAUUGCUAACAUGACUUCACCUCACAACAUUUCAAUGGUACGAAAUUAAUCCAAAGGAUGAAAGUGUGUGCUAUUGAUUGGUUACAGUAGAGAACCAAUCGAAGUUGUGUUGGAUGAAUUAAAAUGGUACCUGAAGCUG